CCGGUAAAAUCCACUGCAACAACAGGGUGUGAGGGUGUAUUAUUACAAUUAUUCGCUAUCUGUGACUCAUUUCCUUUUUUUCGUUCAAAUGUACCGUUUUAGAUUCGGAGAAUAUAUAUUUUUGGUUCGACACGAAUAAAUUAAGACCCAAUAAAGCGUAAAAAAUAAACCUGAAUCUCACAUUGACUUGGAAUCUUCCUCAAGGGGAUUAAGACGAGGAAGGGACGAAGAGUGAAAGGUUUGCUGAAGGCAGAAAAGAUCAAAUGUUUAUGACUUUUUGACAUGACGCUGAAAAAGCUCUGCUGUGUGGGUGCGGGGUACGUGGGAGGCCCUACCUGUACGGUCAUCGCCAGUAAAUGUCCCCAGCUGACCGUUACUGUGGUGGACCUGAGCGAGGAACGGAUCGCACAGUGGAAUUCAGAAAAUCUUCCAAUAUUUGAGCCUGGUUUGUAUGAUCUAGUGAAGGAAUGUCGUGGCCGUAACCUGUUUUUCUCCACAAAGGUAAAGGAGGCUAUUGUGGAAGCUGACCUUAUCUUCAUCUGUGUCAACACACCGACAAAACACUUUGGAAUGGGCAAGGGGAGAGCAGCUGACCUGAAAUACAUAGAAUCAGCAGCACGAAUGAUAGCAGAGGUGUCCAAGAACUCGAAAAUCGUGGUCGAGAAAAGUACCGUUCCUGUAAAGGCAGCUGAGAGUAUUACAAACAUCAUGAAGGCAAACAUAAAACCUGGGGUACAAUAUCAGGUUCUGUCCAACCCUGAGUUCUUGGCGGAGGGGACAGCGGUCAACGACUUAGUCAAUCCAGACCGUGUUCUUAUUGGUGGAGACCCCUCUCCAUUAGGUCAGGAAGCUGUCCAAUCUCUUCGCUGGAUUUAUGAACACUGGGUCCCACAAGAGAAGAUCAUCACCAUGAACACCUGGUCAUCUGAACUCUCCAAACUAGCUGCCAAUGCAUUCCUCGCUCAGAGAAUCUCAAGUAUCAAUGCCAUGUCAGCCAUCUGUGAAAUGACGGGAGCUGAUGUGUCGGAGGUGGCCAAUGCCGUAGGCAGGGACACCAGGAUAGGAAACAAGUUCCUUAGAGCCAGCGUCGGCUUUGGUGGUAGCUGUUUCCAAAAGGAUGUCCUCAAUCUAGUCUACCUUUGUGAGUGUCUCAACCUGCCUGAGGUCGCAGAGUACUGGCAACAGGUGAUCAACAUCAAUGACUACCAGCGCAGACGAUUCGCCAACAAGAUCAUCGAGAGCUUAUUUAACACUGUGACCAACAAAAGUAUCGCCAUCUUUGGUUUUGCCUUCAAGAAGGACACAGGUGAUACAAGAGAAUCUGCAGCCAUAUACAUUAGUAAGUACCUAAUGGAGGAGGGGGCCUGCCUCAGGAUAUACGACCCCAAGGUUGAGGAAGCUCAACUUAUGAGUGAGUUGACUCAGCCUACCAUUAUGGAUGACCCAGGAAGAGUGAAGGAGCUGGUGACAGUCUGUAAGGAUCCGUACCAGGCGGCACAGAACGCUCACGCUGUUGUUAUCUGUACAGAGUGGGAUGAGUUUGUUGAAUUAGAUUACAAGCAGAUUUACCAGAGUAUGCUGAAGCCAGCCUUCCUAUUUGACGGCCGUCUGAUCCUGAAGCACCAAGAACUACAGGACAUUGGGUUUCAUGUUGUUACUAUAGGCAAGAAACUAGAGCGGUCCAAUGUGCACAGACCUAUAGCUGCCAGCUUACAGUAACGGCACGGCAAGGACAAUCAAAGGAGCUGCUAUUGUACACAUACUUAAGGAGGGGUUGACAAUAUACCAACCUCAGGCUGAUUAAUGAUUUGCCAAAAAAAAGUAUUCUUAUCACAUGUAUGUAGUGGAAUCAAAAUCAGUUUUUCCACAAUGUUAGUAAAAUAUUUUAAGUAUGUGUAGAGAUUCAGUAAAUCUACUUCUUUGAGCUUUAAAACUUUUAGUCAGGUACAAAAAUGCAGGUUGUAUAUUUACAAGUCCCCUUCAACUGUGUUUCUAUAUACUUAAUGUCAAUCAUUUUAUCUAGGUCAGAAAAGUUUAACAUUUUACAUACAGUGUAUAAAAUGAUCUCAUUAGAUACUGAGACAUAAUUGAGGAACAUUUGUUAGGCUGAAAGAGGUAAGUUUUUUAAACUGUUAAUGAGAUAUAAGGAUGAGGGGAGCAUGACAUUUGGUGACACUAGAACAGGUGGUAAAUGUAAUGAGUAAUUUUUAUAUUGAGGUUAUACGCAAUUGUUGAAAUUGUGAUUUUCAAGAUUGCCAGUACUUGUCAUAGCUUUGUUUGUGGGAUUAUUUAGUUUUUACACUUGGUGCUUUAUAUAAAUUAGACAAGAGAUUUUGCUUGCAUAAUGUUAUUGUGUUUGUUGUAUCUGUUCCUGAUGUUUUUAUUGUCAUUUUUUCUGGAAGAUGUUUUAUCUAGAAUUUUUUAAUCCAAAUAGAUCUUGAAAGUAAUACUCUAUUUAGUAAGAACAGUUGAAGGUUGACAUUGCUAUUGGGCUCAGGUUGUUAAUGGUUUUUACCACUACCGAUAAAAUAGUAAAAGUUACGUGUAAAGAAGUUGCAAGAUAAAGGCACUCCAAAACAGAAAUCAAAGUGGAACCUUGUUAAUAUCCUGUAGUCUGGAAAAUUGGCUCUCCAUGUGCUUAUAAAUGGAGUUAAUUUUGUACUUGAGGAUAAAAAUUGGUUCAUUUCAUUGGAACAUUUCCAGGAGUGACAAGGUUCAGCUGAACUCACACAUGUCUGGACUAACCACAUUCCUGUUUACAUAAAAGUGUCCAGAGUAACGAGGUUCCACUGUACAUACUAAUCAGCUGGCUAUAGAGUUGGCCUGGAGUUAAUCAUCCUGAGUAAUGAUUUACUGCCCAGGGUUGUUUAUCUAGACAGUAGCUAGUGACAAAUCCUCCAUUUGGUAGUAAUCUGGUUUUGUUUCAUAUGUUAUUAUGUAUACUGUGAUGCCACGUUUUGGCAUUUCUUAUGGGCACGAUCAAAAUUAUUCAAAAUAAAUCAUUAUUGAUUUUUUUAGACCAAACCAUUGUAUACAAUGUCUUUAUCUUCACUGUUUUCUUGAUGUUUUAUUUAUUAUUGUAUAUCGUCUGAUAUAGCAGGUGAUACAACGUCUAUUGGAUUUGUCUCCAUUUAUAGAUCUGAGUACCAGAUCAUCUUAUUUUAAUAUUCACUGCCCUGCUGCACGCUGCCUAGAUUCUAACAAUCACUGCCCUACUGCACGCUGUUUGGAUUUUGACAGCAACUGCCCUGCUGGAAACUGCUUGGAUCUGUCUUGCCAAGCAAACUACUGUUCACAUAGUACAAGUUCUGUAUCUUCCCUGUUAAUUAUUUCCGUCUUUUUACACUGACACUGUUCUGCAGAAUGUUGUGUAUUGUCUUGCCCUCAUUGUGUCAUAUCUAUGAUCUAACUUGUACAAUUUCUUUGCUAUCACAAAGAACAAGGAGGUUUUCCAACAACGAAGUCACCUUAAGUAUGGAACACCAAAUUCUCAUUUGUCUGCUUAUUUUACUAAGAUGAGAUGAUUUGCAUCAAAAGUAUGUAUAGUCAUGAUAUUGUAGUACAAUGAGAUGAAUGGAUACAAUUUGAGUGUUGCUUUUCUUUGUGUGUAUUCUACAGCCUUUGCCUGUCAUAAAUCUUCCUAUAUUACUUUCUUACCAUAAUCUCAGAAGUUCAGAAGUUGUUUUUAGUAAAUAUCAUAAAUUCAGAAUUUGUUUUUAGAACAUCAUGAAUUCAAAAGUUUUUAUAUCAUUAACUCACAAUUGAUUUUAAUAAAUACAUCGUGAACAAUGUAGCUAGUAAAUCACCUCUGUAGACUGAAGUCUCAUCUAGAUCUAAGUUUUUAGGUUUUUUGGUCUUUGAUAUGUUUUAUGUUCAAAUUACUAUAGCUUCAUCUGGUAGUUUGAAUGUGCUUAAUAGUCAUUUGUAAAGUACAUGUAAUAUAAAACAGAUAAUUAUGAUAACUAUGUAUUUGUUUUAUACCCUUCAUAAUGUAUGGUGCUUUAUUUCACGCCCAUAUUUUCACUAUGUCCAUGAUCUGAGACCUGUCUGGUCAGCUUAGCAACUCAUUUCUUUAAUUUUCAAAUUGUUAUUUAAUGAGUUAUUUCAAUUUUUAAAGAUAUUUUUGUGUUUCAUGCUUU